CGGGCUGCUCUGCAAAUCUAAAUAAUUGAAAAUCAGGAACCAAAUAUCUAAAACUAAAACUAUGCCCAGAACCAGUUCAAGUAAAGCAAAUCGCAACAACUUAGUAUCAAAGUCAAAUAUAUUACAACAAAACAACAUGAAGUCCACUGAAAGAAAUGCAGCUGCAAGAAAUAGCCCUGAGACAGUGUUUGUUAAUUCACAAAUUAUUCAAGAAGCGCUACAAACGUUCAUAAAUCGUCAUCGUAGCAGUUUACAAAAACUAACGGAACUAAAUAGUAAGCUGGGUCAACAAAACUCUCUCUUAAAUGUACAAAUUAACAAUCAACAUGGCACCGUAUUGGCGCUAAAUGAAAAAAUUGCUGCUGGAGAAAAAGAGCUUAACAAAUACAAAGAAGAGCAAACUCGUUUGAUGGAAAGUAAAAGUUUGUUGCGCGCUGAAUUGUUGACUUUUAAAAAACGCUGUGGUGAAUUGAUGAUUUCCAAUGAAAAGGAGCUGAAGGAGUGUGGUGAAAAGGAGGCGGUGUUAAGAAAUGAGCUUGAUGUGAUUCAUCAAGAAUUGCAAGCCAAGCACGCUGAUCUAGACAACAACAACGCAGAGCUGGUAAAAAUCCGAAUUGAAAUCAAUGAAAGCAAACUAAAACAGGAGCAACUACAGAAAUCAAUCAGUGUUUUGCAGGAUGAACUGUUGCAGAAAGAAAAAACCAUUAACACCUUGCAUAAAGAACACGCUGACUAUAAAACUGAAACAGAGAAAACCAUCAAUAAAAUGCGAGAAAUCCAGCACAUCUUCUACCCGAAUGCCACAAAUCCCUUGCCGCAUAUACAAAGAAAUGACGAGAGUCGGUUUACGCAACCUGUCAGCAUUACUGUACAGCCAAGACCUCAGAGCCGCGCUGUCUUAAAGCGCAGUUGUACAUCGUCUUCUUCGGAUACUGAUGUGGAUAAUGAGGAGCGCUCAUUGUUGCGCGGUUGGAGACCAACAAGAAAAGUUAUAAGCCUGCCGACGCGAUCUGAAAGUAAUAGAGGUUCAACGGUAUGUAGUCAGAACAUAGCAUUUCCAAAAACACUACUUGAUAAAAUCACAUAUGUACAUAUACACAUAUUUUUAAUUCGAAACUGUUUUUCAGCCUUUAAAAAAACUAUUCCGAUUUAUGUUUUUAACCUUUUUCGCAGGAUAUUCCACCAACAUCAGAAAGCGGUGUUGAAGUAAUCACACAUAAACGUUCCCGGCGUUAGCAAAACAAAAUGAUUUCUGAAGAUAUUUUAUUUAUUAUUCCGCUACAUUAUCUCUAAAACAAGUAAUGAAAAGUAGAAUGCCUUUAUUUUAUGAUUAUUUUUCUUUUCCUUCUUCUUUCCUAAGCAAUUCACAUAUCUUCGGUUUGUAAGCAGUUGAUAAGAAAAUAUUUGUUUUUGUUAUUGCUUUCAAGAGAUUCACUUCAAUACUUAGUACAGUUUAAUAAGCACUUAAGUACUGAAGAAUAAGUGUACAAUUAAAAGAUUGAAAUAUUAAUUAAAUGUAAUUAAAUUUUAAGAUCCGAAGUGGUAGCGGUAAAUGAAGUGUCUUUUCAAAUAAGUAGCAACUUAAUGAUUACAUUUUUUGUUUUAUAUCGAUCAAAAUACUUUUCGUUACAUUUUGACAUACCUAACAUACAUAUGUACCUAAAUUUUGGUAUUUUAUGACUCUAUCGAUUUCUUUAA